GUCUCUUUAGUCAGCCUUAUAGCUAAUGCCCUGGGCUACUCGGAACUAGGUGCCAUAAAGUCCCUUAGGACCCUAAGAGCUUUGAGACCCUUAAGAGCCUUAUCACGAUUUGAAGGGAUGAGGGUGGUGGUGAAUGCCUUGGUGGGCGCCAUCCCCUCCAUCAUGAACGUGCUGCUGGUGUGUCUCAUCUUCUGGCUGAUUUUCAGCAUCAUGGGAGUUAACCUGUUUGCGGGAAAGUACCACUACUGUUUUAAUGAGACUUCCGAAAUCAGAUUCGAAAUAGAAGAUGUCAAUAAUAAAACUGAGUGUGAAAAGCUCAUGGAAGGCAACAAUACAGAGAUCAGAUGGAAGAAUGUGAAGAUCAAUUUUGACAACGUUGGGGCGGGCUAUCUGGCCCUUCUUCAAGUAGCAACCUUCAAAGGCUGGAUGGACAUCAUGUAUGCAGCUGUAGAUUCCCGAAAGCCCGACGAGCAACCUAAGUAUGAGGACAACAUCUACAUGUACAUCUACUUUGUCAUCUUCAUCAUCUUCGGCUCCUUCUUCACCCUGAACCUGUUCAUUGGUGUCAUCAUUGACAACUUCAAUCAACAAAAGAAAAAGUUUGGAGGUCAGGACAUCUUCAUGACUGAGGAACAGAAGAAGUACUACAAUGCCAUGAAAAAGCUGGGCUCAAAGAAGCCGCAGAAACCCAUUCCCCGCCCCUUGAACAAAAUCCAAGGUAUCGUCUUUGAUUUUGUUACUCAACAAGCCUUUGACAUUGUUAUCAUGAUGCUCAUCUGCCUUAACAUGGUGACAAUGAUGGUGGAGACAGAUACUCAGAGCAAGCAGAUGGAGAACAUCCUCUACUGGAUUAAUCUGGUCUUCGUCAUCUUCUUCACCUGUGAGUGUGUGCUCAAAAUGUUUGCCUUGCGGCACUACUACUUCACCAUCGGCUGGAACAUCUUUGACUUCGUGGUAGUCAUCCUCUCCAUUGUGGGAAUGUUCCUGGCUGAUAUAAUUGAAAAAUACUUUGUUUCCCCAACUUUAUUUCGAGUCAUCCGAUUGGCCCGUAUUGGGCGCAUCUUGCGUCUGAUCAAAGGCGCCAAAGGGAUUCGUACCCUGCUCUUUGCCUUAAUGAUGUCCUUGCCUGCCCUGUUCAACAUCGGCCUUCUGCUCUUCCUGGUCAUGUUCAUCUUCUCCAUUUUUGGGAUGUCUAAUUUUGCAUAUGUAAAGCACGAGGCUGGCAUUGAUGACAUGUUCAACUUUGAGACAUUUGGCAACAGCAUGAUCUGCCUGUUUCAGAUCACAACAUCAGCUGGCUGGGAUGGCCUGCUGCUGCCCAUCUUAAACCGUCCCCCUGACUGCAGUCUCGAAAAGGAACACCCAGGGAGUGGCUUUAAGGGAGACUGCGGGAACCCCUCAGUGGGCAUCUUCUUCUUUGUCAGCUAUAUCAUCAUUUCCUUCCUAAUCGUCGUCAACAUGUACAUUGCCAUCAUCUUAGAGAACUUCAGUGUAGCCACAGAGGAGAGUGCAGACCCUCUGAGCGAGGAUGACUUUGAGACCUUCUAUGAAAUCUGGGAGAAGUUUGACCCUGAUGCCACCCAAUUCAUUGAGUACUGUAAGCUGGCAGACUUUGCAGAUGCCUUGGAGCAUCCUCUGCGAGUGCCCAAGCCCAACACCAUUGAGCUCAUCGCCAUGGAUCUGCCCAUGGUGAGCGGGGAUCGCAUCCACUGCUUGGACAUCCUUUUUGCCUUCACCAAGCGGGUCCUGGGAGAUAGCGGGGAGUUGGACAUCCUGCGGCAGCAGAUGGAGGAAAGGUUCGUGGCAUCCAAUCCUUCCAAAGUGUCUUACGAGCCAAUCACGACCACGCUGCGGCGCAAGCAGGAGGAGGUGUCUGCAGUGGUCCUGCAGCGUGCCUACAGGGGACAUUUGGCAAGGCGGGGCUUCAUCUGCAAAAAGACAACUUCUAAUAAGCUGGAGAAUGGAGGCACGCACCGGGAGAAAAAAGAGAGCACCCCGUCUACAGCCUCCCUCCCAUCCUAUGACAGUGUGACUAAACCUGAAAAGGAGAAACAGCAACAGGAAGAGGAAGGAAGAAGGGAAAAAAAAAGACAAAAAGAGGUCAGAGAAUCCAAGUGUUAGAGGAGAGCAAAAAUUAAAUACCAUCCAGAUUUAGAACUUGCAAGUAAAAGAUUGUUUACAAACUUCCUGAAUAUUAUCAAUGCAGAACAGCUGUGGAGACACUCUAACCUGAAGAUCUAUACCAAACGUAGUCUGCUUACCAUGUAACACGGUUGCAUCUUGAGCAGUGACCUGCCAAGGGCAAAGGACCCUGCUCCCUGGACUCACCAGUUUUCUAAUGCUUGGGCAGGUGGUUACUGCAUGUUCCACAUCAGUCAAUGCAACUUAGGACAAAACCAACAGGAUACAAAAACAGAGGAGAGGCUGCCGGGACCAGCAUAUUUCCGUUGCAGCCAAAUGGAUUUUAUUUUUUCAUUUUGUUGAUUCUCAGAAGCAGAAAGCAUCACUUUAAAAGUUUGUUUGUUCAUGCAAACUAUAUUUGCAUUCUUACAUUAGUUAAGCUAAGCAGCAAAAAGAAACACACACACACACACACACACACACACACACUCACAUUUAGCCCAUGUCAUUUAAUUGUCAGUUUCUUUGACAUAAAUCGCAUCUUCUCCACAUGGGCUUCACGUGGUUUGGAGAUGGGUGGGGGAAAACAAUCAGGUUUCUUCAGGCUGAGGAGGACUUGCUCAGGCCAAUUCCAAACAUUGUGCUCGUUCAAUGCGUAGAAAUGAUUUGCAUGAUGGCAUGCCGUGAUCAGAAGUCAUGCAUGAGAUCCAUACACCACAGGACACUACUAAUCCUGUCCCCUGCACUGGGUCAGCCUCUGGACGGGACCCAGCCCUGCACCGUUCACUGUAUAUGGAGAAAAUGGUAAGAGUUCUAGACCGGCUGCAAUUCUUUAUGAGUUCUUAGAAGUCUUUCAUAUACCCUCUGGGUAGGGAAACAUGACCCACCAAUUGACCAACCACCACCAACAAAAAACAAACCCAAUCCAACAAGCAGAUGGAUCCGUUGUGUGUAUAUGUUUAACAGACACCUCUAACAUACAGCCAUUGUUGCACAUUUUGGAAGAUGAACUAUUUAAUGCUGCUCUGUGUCCAGUACAUGGGGAGACUUUGAUCCCAAAUGGGUUGUACUAUUAAUGUCACUGUAAAACCAAAUCUUAGGGCUAAAAAAAAAGUUCAUUUGUAUCUUGCAAUAUUUAUGAUGAUUGUUUAGCCUUCAUACUGGAGAACUGACACUUAUUUGGGGUAGAGAUAAAGUGCUAUUCAGAGUAGCAUGUUAUCUCUAGGGGGUAAUUUGGGAAACUUAAAACAACCUUUUGUUGGGGGUUUUGGGGUGCUCACUUCAUUUAGUAUCGUGUCCUUCUGCGUUGUGGCUUUCUUCAGGCUUGGGUCGAUGAGGAGAGGGCUUUAGGUAUUCUGAACUGGCCUCUCUCGUCUGUAGGGGGUUGUUGCAAGGUCACAAGCUCACACACUGCAUGAUUCCUCCUGCCUUCAUCACUUUUUCCACCCAACAGGGCUUCCCUUACCCACUGAAGUGGGUGAGGGCAGCAGCAUUGGGGUUAUGGCUGCAGUUUGUUUCGUUUAGAUUUUUCAGUUAGAAUGGUAGUCACUGGUGGGACCUGAGUAGAAAUGGAGCCGCCUCUGAACCAAGCCCACUUGGUUUCUUUACUGCACUGGUUUUCAUGAGAAAGCAAUUUAAUAUUCUUAGGAUGUUCCAGCUUCCCUCAGCGCAUUUCCUUCAGCCAGUUUUGCUGUCUGCUUAGCGACCAGCCCGUUGUCAUGGGGGGGUGGGGGUGGCUUCUGGGGAAGCAUCACAUCUUCCAUUCCAUCUCCUGCUUUAGGGAAGACAGUUUUAGUCCAGGGGUUUCUCAUCUGAUGACUAGAUUUCAAAGCCAAGAUGCUGCAGUUGAAUGCAUGAGGAAGGCAAUUCAAAAAGAGGAGAGACUUCAGCAUAUGAACCAAAUCAAAAUCAAUUCUCCCUGAACCCUGCAAUAGAGAGGGGAGGAAACCAACCCAUAAUCAGAGACACCAAUCUGCCUUGCAGUAGAAGUACUUUGGAUGAAACUUCACAGUCCACCUGACUAGUACUGCAUAGAACAAAUCACAGCCAGUCAGUAAGCAGAGCUUCCGCUCUUGUUGGACCAUUAGAAACUGUCCAGCUCUCUUCAGCCUGCUUCUGCAGCAUCACCAGUAGAUUUUUGUACUACACCCAAUGCCAGAUUGGGAAAGCAUUUCUUUGGGUGACCCUGCUAACUGCUAGGAUGAAUGUAUGGUCACAUGUACAGGCUACUUGUAAACAGCACAAAACAGAAGCUGAUGUGUGGUUAUUCUUUUUAAGAGAAUUAUAAAUACUGUAAUAUAUAAUUUUAUUUUAUUGGCAUGCCUUUUUGUAAAUAUAAAUUAUGAACUUAUUAAAUAGGAAAUGGCUUCUGGCUUAUGCCAUUGUCAUGUUUAUUUUUAUUUUUUAUACUUUUUUUUUCUUCUUAGAACUUAGAUGCUGUCAGCCAAUGUACAUCCCCAAACCAGACAGACAGACAAAAAAUUUUUUAUUGCUAAUGGUCUUUUCCAAAACAAUAAAAAAAAUAUAUUUUUGUUCCAAUGUGCAAUAAAUUCUAACCACUUCUAUGCAAGAUUUGGCUAAACGUAAUUGUUCUUAGGUCUUGAGAUGGGCAAGAGAGCUGUUAAGAUCCCACUAGGUACACCAAGUGCUCACGCUAGUGACGUCCUCAAGUUACGAGGGCAUGCUAAUGAGAUUUUUCUGAGACCUGACCUUUUUUCCUCUCCCAGCUCCCACUCCCAGCCCAGCAGGCUAUCUCCUCAGUGACACAUGGCCCUUGGUAUCCGACACCCGUCAGCCAGCUUCACAGGAAAGAAGCCACCUCCGCUGUAUUUGAAGUUUCACUUUUCUUUUAACUUUCCCCACUUUCUUAUCCCUCCCCCACUUAGCCCUCCAUCCGCUCGCUCACUCACUGUCUCACUCACCCAUCCUGCUAUCUUUGGUAGUAAAUGACACCAUCACCAGCAGUUUACACCCGCAGUUAACAGGCAUUGAACGGAAAGAUCAGUGACGAGGUUUUGUACAUCUUCACUGAGUGGGUAAGUGGCAACGCUUUGCCAGAUAUUAGCGAAGCCAAUCAAAAAGCAGCAGCAGCCACAGUAUCACUGCACAUAAUAUAUAUAUAGAGAUAUAUAAAUAUAAUAUAAAUAUUUAUUUUUUGUAGCCAGGUCCUUGGUGCAGUAUUUAUACUCCACAAUCCACCUUUUAAAAAAGGACAAAAAGACGUGUGAUGCUGUUAAUUUAAAUUGCAGAGCCAAAGCCACUGAGCAGCAGCUGACAUGGUUGCUGGUUUGUGUGUGAAAAACACUUUUCCCCCUCUUCUGUCCUUAACCUCCUUGUUGCUUAGAAUGAGGAGAUGCCGUAAUUUAAAGCAGAGGGUGAAAGCAGGAAAAACUUCCCAAGUCAACAUGACCUCUCACUUCUUCCCAAAUGAGCCAAUUUUGGCAUCAAAAGUUGACUGGGUAGAAAAACAAACAAACAAACAAAAACGGAAACUCCCAAAGUCCCUGGCGCAACAGUGCCCAGAGUUUUUCUUUUUCGCCGCAACCAGUGUAAACCUAUAAAAGACCCAUAGUAAAAAUCAGUGUAUUAGUGGAUGCAUGGAGGCCAGUGCUGCCCUGCGUGAGACAUGAUCAAAGUACAUCACUACUAUAAGCCAAAAGGAAACAAAAUAAAAACGACCCUUUUUACCGAACAAGGGAAGCCUGUCUUGGUGUGUGUUUGUUGCUUGACUAUCCCAAUUCUUGAGUCCUGGGAGGGGUUUGGGAAUUGGGACCUUAGCACACAUUUGGGUAAAGGAGGGGAAUAGGUGGGAGAGAAAUCAGAGAAUCUCUCGCAAAGUUCUGGCUGAGAAGUAGAGAUUGGAGAGAAAGCAAGGUCCUGACCCCCCCAUCCCCAACCACCCAUUGCAUGUAGCAUUCCCUCCCUAUCAGGCCAGUGCUCAGAGGCCCAUUACAACUCUUCCUCACCUAAAGCACCUGGCAGAGCCCCCAAAACGGCAUCAGCCAACCCAGCUGGACUGGCCUUAUUUCUGCUGUUUCCAUCAAUAUGUUAAGAAAAAAAAAUAACCCCAUGCCCUGAAGCAAGGGCAAGCACGAUGCCCAACAGCCUCCACUCUGCUAGCUAACGCCGGGCCCUGCCCUCCAUCGCCCCCCACAGGCAGACGAGCAGACUAGGGCUGGCUGGUCUCCUUCACAUUUGCAUAGGGGAGGGCAGCAGCCUCCCCUUCCUUCUCUCCCUGCUCCCUUUGGGGACAUCCCACUUCUAGGCCAUGUCUCCUGGUCCAGGAACACUCUCUCAGGAGGAUCUUGAAGUGCCCACUCUGGUCCGCUCCAGUAGCUCCACUCUGGAGAGAGAUGGCUGGUAGGUCAGUCCCCACCCUCCUGCUGUGGCCCCCAGCCUCCAGGCCUGCUAUGGAGGUGAGAUUGCCAUGGGUUAGGACUUUGUGACUUGAGUCCUGGGCAUCUUCUGUAAUGAUGCCUCUUUCUUUUCUCAGAUGUUGCCCAAAGUUUUGCAAAAAGCUUCGUUCAUUUUCAGGUACCCCCCACCCCCUAAAGAAUCGGCUGCGGCUUGCCAGCCGGGGGGACAUCAGGAGAGAAGAGGAAGUCUGGGUUGGGAGGGACCGAGGUUUGCACCAGAGUCUGUGUUGUUCAGCUCUGUGCUUCUUGGAUCCCCUUUCCAAGAUGACGAAGAUUUUCUCUGUUAAAACUCUCCUGAAGCACCCCCUGCCCUUGCCCCCACUGCUUUUGCUGUACAUAGAGGCUAAGUGGGGUGGGGUGGGCGGGUGUGCACGUGUGGUGUGUGUGUGUGAAGAAUGUAUAUAGGUAAAGGGGAGCGGGGUCCAGUGGUUCCAGAAAAGGGGCAGAACUCCUGUUCUAGCCCUAGUGUGACCGCUGGCUCGCUGUGUGGCCUUGGGCAAGUCACUUAGCCUCUCUGUGCCUCAGUUUCCCCAUCUGUAAAAUGGGGAUAAUAAUACUGACCUACCUCACAGGGGUGUUGUGAGGCUUUAACUAAAUGUUUUGUAAAGCGUUUCGAGAUACAGAGGCAAAGGCGCUAGGGAAGGGCAAAGUAUUAUUUGGACUUAAGGAAGAUGAAAUGGUACCAUAAAUGCUGCUAUUCUGAGAGCCAUUUUAAACUGCACUGCUCCAACCACCCCCGCUUCUCAUCACCAGGACAGCAGGUCGAGAAAAUGUCUUUCCUUUCACUUGCUUCUGGGGUUUGUGAUGAUUCUAGACACUUAAUUUCUUUCCCUUGCUGUAUCUCCUUCCCUCACCCCUUCAACUUGUUCCCUGUUCUGUUUAUGCGGAAAUGGCAGAAAUGCUUGAGAAAUGAGAAUGUAUAAGUGGAUUGGAAGUUUAUAGUCUGAAAUUUCAAUUUUACUUUGUACUGUACAUCUUUUUACUUUAGAAUUUGCAAUAAAGGGUUACGUCAAUCUUGUUUUCAACUCUCUUCUUGGAUUGGCCUGUCAUUCUGUCAUUGCUCACACCACAGGCCCUCGGCCCGGCUGGGCAGAGAGUCGACACGCUUCCCGCUUCCCUCGC